CUCCUCUGCAAAAGAGGCAACCAAUUUUCCAUUUCAAUUUCCAUACCCACAAAUUCUAGGCCCUUCAAAUCCUAUCCAUCUCCUCUCCACUUGUCCCCAGAUAAUUUCCUUCCUUCCGCUAUAUAUUAUUUGCUACCCUGCAGUAGCUUCACCCCCAAACCCCCACUUCUCCCCCAGAUAAAAUCUCUCUCCAGUCAGAAAUAUGGCAUCCAUGGCUACCACCUUCUCCUCUGCUCUCCCAUCUACCAAACCCUUCAAGGGUUCUUUCUCUGAUUCAUCCUUCCAUGGAGUACCCUUGACUUCCCCUGCCCCCCAUUACAGGGCAAAGCCUAUUCCUUGUGGUGCAUCGGUUUCGAUGUCCGCCACCACCCAGUCGUACGAUCUCAAUAACUUCAGGUUCGACCCCAUCAGAGAAUCCAUCGUCUCCCGUGAGAUGACGCGGAGGUACAUGAUGGACAUGAUCACCUACGCUGAUACUGACGUGGUGGUGGUCGGUGCUGGUUCCGCUGGGCUCUCCUGCGCCUAUGAGCUCAGCAAGAACCCAUCUGUACAAGUCGCCAUCAUCGAGCAAUCGGUUAGCCCCGGCGGUGGCGCGUGGCUCGGUGGCCAGCUCUUCUCUUCCAUGGUAGUGCGCAAACCAGCUCAUCUCUUCCUUGAUGAACUUGGUAUCGAAUAUGAUGAGCAAGACAACUAUGUUGUGAUCAAGCAUGCUGCCCUUUUCACAUCCACCAUCAUGAGCAAGCUGCUUGCCCGCCCCAACGUUAAGCUGUUCAAUGCUGUGGCAGCAGAGGACUUGAUUGUGAAGGGAGGGAGAGUUGGCGGGGUUGUGACAAACUGGGCUCUGGUGUCCAUGAACCAUGACACACAGUCCUGUAUGGAUCCCAAUGUGAUGGAGGCCAAGGUUGUAGUCAGCUCCUGUGGGCAUGAUGGACCAUUUGGAGCCACUGGAGUCAAGAGGUUGAAGAGCAUUGGGAUGAUUGAUAGUGUGCCGGGGAUGAAGGCAUUGGACAUGAAUACAGCUGAGGAUGCUAUUGUUAGGCUUACUAGGGAGAUUGUGCCUGGGAUGAUUGUAACUGGCAUGGAAGUUGCAGAGAUUGAUGGAGCCCCACGAAUGGGACCAACAUUUGGAGCAAUGAUGAUCUCAGGGCAGAAGGCAGCUCACCUGGCUCUAAAAGCAUUAGGAUUGCCAAAUGCCAUUGACGGACAAAGCAUUGGAAGCAUCCACCCUGAGCUGAUCCUGGCUGCUGCAGAAUCCGCUGAGAUUGCUGAUGCUUAAAUUAUGUUGUAGGUGAGAAAUUGGAAUAAUGGUUGCUGAUGGAUGGUUGAUAUUAUCAUGCGGUUGUUGUUGAUAAUGUUGGUCUAUUUCUGUUUGUUUUUCUCUCAUGGAACUCAGUAGCAUAUGAAUCAUCUAGACCUUGUUGUUCAUGUUAUCUUCAUGGCUAGAAUAUGAUGAUCACUCGCAGUUUCUCUGCCUUUUUACCUUGGGUAGUUAUGAAAUCUCUAGUUUACUGCAUAAUUGUCAUAUAAUAGAACAUCAAAUUAUCA